AUGGCUACUGUCGAAGUUGAAAAGACUACACCGCUAGGUUUCUCUACGAAAACAGCUAGAUUUCAAACACUUGGUUUACACCCCGAAUUAUUGACUGGUACUCAUUUUCAAAGUUCACCUGAUAUCGCGCCAGGUUCCUAUGAUCUAAUACAAUAUGGUGAUUUUAGUGAUAAGAAUAUUCAAAAACGUACCGAAGGUUCAAACUGGGAACAAUCAUUAUAUACAGAGCAGCUAGCCAAACUUCCUCAUCCAUCUUUUAAAGAAACAUAUGAAAAACGAAAAGAAGAUGAAAGACGUAUUGGUCCUGGUGCUUAUUCCAUUAAUGAUUUUUUAACAGAAGCUGAUCGACGACCACGUUGUGUGCGAGGUGCACUUGAUCAACUUUCACCUCGUUUUCCAAAAGAAAUAUUAGAUAGAGCACCUCCACCAGGUGCCUAUGGUAUUCCUGAUGAAAAACUUGUCGAAAAUCGUUGGCGAAAAGGAAGUAAUGUUCCAUCAUUUGAUUGGAAUAAAGGUCCACGAACAUUACCACUUCAAGGUUCAAAGAUUGGUCCAGGAACAUAUAAUAUAAAGAAUUCCAUAGAUGAAUUAAUUAAUAAACGUGUUAGUGAAAAAGGUCCAUAUCAAUUAUUUACAUUAAGUCGUUCAGCACCUAUAUCAACAGGACAUUAUGCUGUUCUUGAUACAUGGGAUUUAUCACCUGAUUUUCCAUCAAAAGAUUAUCCAGAAUCAACGUCAUUAACACAUGAAUUAACUAAAAAUAAACAUGGAACAUUUAGUAAAUUGAGUAGAUUUCAAAAGAAACCAACUGAUCGGUUAGCUAUUGAACAUCCAGGUCUCGAACCAAAAAAUGCUGAUUUUCCUGGGCCAGGUACUUAUGCCAUAACUCGACCAUGGGAACAACAUGACUAUCAUAAGAAAAAAGUUCCCUUUAACUCAACAUCAUCAAGAAAUGAUAAUCGUUCAUUUACUAGUACAGGUUCUCAUCAUUCAGUCGGUGUUGGCCGAUAUAAUCUUGCAUCACCGAUUCGAGAUGAAACAAUAGCUGAUAAACGUAAACGACAUAAACGACGAAGUAUUGCUUUUUCUUCCACUACAUCACGUUUUGCAACAUCAAAUAGUGAAUUAUUAUUGAAUGAACGUUUAAAACCACAAAAUCUUCGACCUGAACAACAAACACAAUUAUACUUAAAAGGUCACAUAUCAUCAUAA